AUGGAGAUAGGGGUUUCUAUGUCACAUGCAUUCAUAUAUGCCUUCAAUGAUAGAGGGAAAAGAAUGGAACUAUGGGAGGAGUUGAGAAGGAUCAAGAUAUCUGAACCAUGGCUAAUCUGUGGUGAUUUUAAUUGUGUCAUGUCUGUUGAGGAAAGAAUUGGAGCACAAGUUAGAGAGACUGAAAUGGUGGAUCUCAGAGCUUGUAUGACACAUUGUGGGUUACAGGACAUUAAAUCCUCUGGUAACUUCUACACUUGGAACAACAAACAAGAAGGGAUACAUAGAGUUUUUUCCAAGAUUGACAGAAUGGUUGCCAAUCAGUCAUGGUUAGAUCUAUUCUCUACUGCAGAGGCUUCCUUUCACAAUGAAGGUGAAUUUGAUCACACUCUUGUGAUUCUAACAAUUCAUCCCGGCCUUCAUGGGAGGAAAAAACCCUUCAAGUAUUUCACCAUGUGGAGAUCUUCUCCUAAAUUCUUAGAGAUAAUUAGAAAGCAUUGGAUGACAGAGGUUCAAGGAACCAAGAUGUUCCAAAUCCAGAAGAAAUUGAAGAGUAUUAAAGUAGACUUGAAGAGGCUGAAUAAGGAAGGGUAUUCAGAUAUCCAGGUUGCUAAUGUGAAGGCCUAUCAAGACAUGAUGGAAGCUCAACUGAAGCUACAUGAAAAUCCGAAAGAACACAGAGCAAUAUUAAAUGCACCAUAUACUGAGGCUGAGAUCAAGAAGGCCCUCUUUUCUAAUCCUGGUUCUAAAGCUCCAGGUACAGAUGGCUAUGGGACUUACUUCUACAGAGACACUUGGGAAGUCAUAGAAGAGGAUAUUAUUGCAGCUGUUCUGGACUCUCUUCAAAGUGGUAGAAUUUUGAAGGAGGUAAACACAACAGUAAUCACUUUAAUUCCUAAGAAUUCAUGUCCUAAGAAUGUUAAAGAAUAUAGGCCUAUUUCAUGUUGUAAUACCCUCUAUAAAUGCAUAACUAAAGUCUUGUGUAAUAGGCUUAGAUUAGUGCUCCCUGACCUGAUUAUGGAAAACCAAGGAGGUUUUGUGCAUGGUAGGAGUAUCAUUCAUAAUAUCAUGGUGAUACAAGACCUAGUCAAGCACUAUGGUAGGAAACAAACACAGCCAGGGUUCUUGUUAAAGAUUGAUUUGCAUAAAGCCUAUGCUACUGUAAAUUGGGAGUUCCUUGGAGAGAUGCUUGAAGCUCUAGGUUUUCCUUCACAGUUUAUGCAGCUGGUGAUGGAAUGUGUUACAACUCCCAAAUUCUCUUUGAUGAUUAAUGGAGUGAUGGAGGAAUAUUUCAGUUCAUCUAGGGGAUUGAGACAAGGGGAUCCUAUCUCCCCCUUUCUCUUUGUGCUGUACGUUUUGAUCAUGUGUUGUAGAGGGGAUUAUGCAUCCAUUUACUUAAAGCUGAGAGCUUUCAAGUUGUUUUCUAUGACAACAGUUGACAAGAUGAUAGCCAAGAUCAAAGUGUGGAGCUCUAGAAACUUAUCAUACACUGCUAGAGUGCAGUUAGUCAAUGCAGUUCUGGUGCUUCACAGAAUCACAAAAAUCUGUAGAUCAUUCCUCUGGAGUGGCCAAUACUUCACUCUUAAGGCUGGAAAUGUAGCUUGGGAGAAAAUCUGUACUCCUAAGAGUGCAGGAGGACUGGGAUUCAGGGAUAUUUUUAAGUGGAAUAGAGCAUGUCUUGGGAGAUAUGUAUGGGCUAUUUCUACUAAACAAGAUAGUGUGUGGCUUAAAUGGGUGCAUUCAGUAUACCUUAAAGGAGGAUACUGGUGGGAGUAUACUCCUAAUACAAGCUCUAGUUGGUAUUGGAGGAAAUUGUGCCAGGUGAAGGAGCAAUUGAAACAAUCAUUCACACAAGCUGAAAUCAGAAACAUGAGACAAUAUUCAGUGAAGCAUGUGUAUGAAGUACUGAUGGGUGAACAAGAGAGGGUUCACUGGGAUAGAGUCAUAUGA